AUGAUGAUGCACAGUCCGACCCGACCACAGAUAAUUAAAAAAGCUCGCAGCAGCAGCCCCGCACCCACCUCCAUCGCUCUCUUCGCCCUGUCUCCGAUGCGCAUUGACAGGGAGCCGCGAGGCCGGGAUAUUGAGCUGUCCGCCCGGCUGGAGUCAGAGGGCUGCUAUAGGAAGGGGAAGCACUCUGCGUUUAAAUCCAGCAGCAAAGCGGCGGCGGCGGCGUUGAAAUCCCCAAGCUCCGUCCAUGUCCACUGGGAGAGUGGGUCUCCUGGAACCCCCUCCCCACAAAGAGUGACUUUUAUGGGCCUCUGUUCUCUGGGAUGGGUUUGUGUGGGCUGCAAAAGGGCAGUGGGGGGGUCAGGCGAUGUGGAGGAGAAGGACCCAGGAUGGAGAGGAGGCAGCGGUUAA